CGAAGAACAUAGCCCAUGUGCUCUGCAUGGACGUUCUUGCUACUCUGUUGAGCUCGAUUCUCCACCAGCCGGCAAGAUGUCCAGCACCCCCCAGGACCCCUUCUAUUCUUCGCCUUUCGGCCCAUUUUAUAGGCGGCAUACCCCGUACAUGGUGCAGCCAGAGUACCGAGUCUAUGAGAUGAACAAGAGACUGCAAUCGCGCACAGAGGACAGUGACAACCUCUGGUGGGACGCGUUUGCCACGGAAUUCUUUGAGGACGACGCCACCUUAACCCUUUCCUUUUGUUUGGAAGAUGGACCAAAGCGAUACACUAUCGGCAGGACCCUCAUCCCCCGAUACUUUAGCACUGUGUUCGAAGGAGGAGUCACCGACCUGUAUUACAUUCUCAAACACUCAAAAGAAUCAUACCACAACUCAUCCAUCACGGUGGACUGUGACCAGUGUGCCAUGGUCACCCAACACGGGAAGCCCAUGUUUACCAAGGUAUGUACAGAAGGCAGACUGAUCUUGGAGUUCACCUUUGAUGAUCUCAUGAGAAUAAAAACAUGGCACUUUACCAUUAGACAAUACAGAGAAUUAGUCCCAAGAAGCAUUCUAGCCAUGCAUGCACAAGAUCCUCAGGUUCUGGAUCAACUGUCCAAAAACAUCACCAGGAUGGGGCUGACCAAUUUCACCCUCAACUACCUCAGGUUGUGUGUAAUCCUGGAGCCCAUGCAGGAACUGAUGUCGAGACACAAAACCUACAACCUCAGUCCACGGGACUGCCUGAAGACCUGCUUGUUCCAGAAGUGGCAGCGGAUGGUGGCGCCCCCAGCAGAACCCACAAGGCAACCGACCACUAAACGAAGGAAAAGAAAAAACUCCACCAGCAGCACUUCCAACAGCAGCGCCGGCAACAACGCCAACAGCGCCGGCAGCAAGAAGAAGACCCCCGCCGCCAACCUGAGCCUGUCCAGUCAGGUACCUGACGUGAUGGUGGUAGGAGAGCCGACUCUGAUGGGAGGAGAGUUUGGGGACGAGGACGAAAGGCUAAUCACUAGAUUAGAAAACACGCAGUAUGAUGCAGCCAACGGCAUGGACGACGAGGAAGACUUCAACAGUUCACCCGCCUUGGCAAACAACAGCCCUUGGAACAGUAAACCACCUGCCGCUCAAGAGACGAAAUCAGAAAACCCCCCAGCCCAGGCCUCCCAAUAAGAGCGUCAGUUACUAACGCCCCCAAACUACUAUCAGUAGGCCAGUGGGUCAGAAUUUACUGUUCCAGAUCUUUGCUUAACAGGAGAGAAAAGAGGAGAAACACAGAAACUUGUACGCGCCCAUACCUAUUUCUAAACCAUAAUGAUCUAAUUUUCUUGCUCUAGGUAUUAUUAUUACUCCCUCUUUCCCCCACCCCGCUCCCCACUUUUUUUUUUCUAUUGAGAGGAUUGUUCCCGCUAAGCUUCUGCAAGCCUUCCUUAAAGUUCUUUGCAGGUGAUGCAGAUACUGGCACUGAUUGUAAUUGCUAGUUGGCCUCCAGGCGGGCUAGUCACACCUGGUUUGUGUUGAAGUUCCUUUUUGUGCACCCAGCAAAGGCCAUAUUGCCCAUACGUCUUCAGUGCUCAGGAUCUCGUGAAUGAUGCUGACGACUUUUUAAUAUUGUAAAAUAUUUUCUGCUUUUCGACUUGCAUCUGAAAGUUUCUCGUUUCCGUAAAAAAAGAAAAGGAAAAAAAAAUCCACUUUGGGGUCCAUUAAUUUCCAGAGACCUUUCUUUUCUUUUCCUUUAUACCUUCUUUCACUGGGGAACAGCUAAGAAGGGGCCCUGUUUGCAAGUGGAUGUCAGUAGGUUUUUGAAUGGUGGUGCCUGCCUGCCGGUUGAAACCAGAAGGGCCGUUUGGCAUCACCGAAGACACCAGGGAAGAGUUUGAUGGGCAAGACACUUGGUCCCUUGAAAAGGUCUUGUAAAUUUGCUGUUGAUCCAAAUCUUUUCAAGCCAUGUAAUCCCUUGAUUAUCACUUUUUUUUUUUGGUGGGCAGUUUAAUAAACCUGAAAUCUUUUUGUGUUUUAUUACGAUGAUUAUUGUUGUACCUGAGUUGGCUGUUCUUUCUUUUCAUAGUCUAUUUCUUGUAUAAUAUUUUGUAAAGCCCUCAGCUGACUCUUUGAUGGGGACUUUUCU